CAACAGAUCCCCUUCCUGAGAAUAUACUUUCAGGACCUGACAGAGAGAAAGAAAACGAAGAUACCUUGAUCUAGGAAAGGGAAGUAAAUCAGUGGUAUACCAUAUUAGGAUCAACAGUCAAAGGAAUACCCCCAGGUUAUUGAAGUGCCAAGCUCUAUCUGAAACCAGUUAUAUCCAGAGGGCUAUUCCAAGGCAUCACAGAGCGGAGAGAGUGAGCAGUAUGUGGACUCUACUGAUGUCUCUGCUUGGACUGCGUGUGGUGAUGGUGAUGGGGCACUGGUGUGAACACACAGUGGAGGAAAGAGGGGACCGGAUCAUUUCCCCCCGUCUUCAGCGUGAAGUGGACUGUUCCAAGGUGUACCAAUACAACACGCAGGACUGGAGGCUGGAUGUGGAUAGGAUGCGCCACAAGCAUGGGGGGGAUGACGGCAUUGCACUGUACUACAAACAACUGGGUCGCAAGGCAGUCUGCUUCUUAUACAAACCCGCUGAGAUGGAGACCCAGAGGGUGAAUAAGACUGUGAGGGGGUGCUGCGAAGGCUGGGGAGGACCGCGCUGUUCACAGGGCGUGGGUGUGCGGGGCCACUGCUACUCCACAUGGAGCUGCGAGGACUUCCCAGGGGUGCACAACUCCUCUCUGAUGCCCAUGGAGCAGUGCUGUGGCAGCCUGUGGGGCCUGAGCUGGAGGAACGCGUCUGACCAGACCUGCCUGUCCUGUACCUACACCCUGCUGGCUGACUCCCAGUCGUCUCCCCUCGUGCGGGGGGGUCAUUUGGGGAGCGCCCGGAACCCCCAGGGCUCGGCCACCUGUCUGAGCUGGGGAGGGGCUCACUAUCGUACCUUUGACAGAAAGCACUUCCAUUUCCAGGGCGACUGUACGUACGUCCUAGCAUCGUCUACAGAUGGGACAUGGGCUGUGUACAUCAGCACUGUGUGUAACGGUCGGGGAGACUGCAGCAAGGCGCUGAGGAUGAUGCUGGGAUUAGACCUGGUCUCUGUUCACCUCAGGAACCUAACAUUAAAUGGAUUGCUAGUUCCUCAAGGAGAACCGCUCUUUCAAAAUGGAGUGAGUGUGCAUUGGCUGGGGGACUUUGUGUUUGUGGAGAGCGGUCUGGGGGUGCGGGUGAAGUUCGACAUGGGCUACACCGUGUACCUGACGGUCACCACAGAACACCUUGCCACCACCAGAGGGUUGUGUGGAGUCUAUAACAACAAUGCAGACGAUGACUUCACCACAAUGACUGGGAGUGUAUCGGAGUACGCUGCCAGUUUUGGGAAUUCGUGGCGAGUGCCUGACCAUCAGACUGAGGGUUGCAACGACGCAGCAGAGCUAGGCCACAGCUGUGAUGUCACAGGGGACUCUGCUCUGCGCAGGGAGGCAGAGUCAGUGUGUCACCGGUUGCUGGAGAGCCCCUUUACACAGUGUCACCACAGGGUGGACCUAGCGGCCUACAUUGACACAUGUCUGUACCUGCACUGCAGCCUGGGGACCAGAGAAAGAGAGGACGCCACGUGUGAUACUCUGGCCAGCUAUGCCCGCGAGUGUGCCCAACAACACGUCAUCAUCAGCUGGAGGAGCUCAGGACUGUGUGGGCGUGUGUGUCCGCGGGGGCAGGUGUUUUCCGACUGCGUGUCCUCCUGCCCCCCUAGCUGCUCUUCCCCUCAACCCCCUGCCUCGGGCCAGUGCAGGGAGGAGUGUGUAGGGGGGUGUGAGUGCCCCUUUGGGCUCUACCUGCACCAGGGGCUCUGCCUGAGGAGGGACGACUGCCCCUGUUUCCACCGCAGACACACCUACCAGUCAGGAAACACCAUCCAGCAGAGGUGCAACACCUGUGUGUGUCGAGCAGGUGCGUGGCAGUGUUCAGGGGAGAGGUGUGCUGCCCAGUGCAGCCUAAUGGGUGGUUUGCAGGUGUCUACCUUCGACAAGAAGAGGUACUCUCUGCAGGGAGGGGACUGUGGCUUCACUGCCAUAGAGGACUUUGUGGACAGGAAGCUGGUAGUGAGAAUUCGAGGUGGAGAGUGUGUGGUGGGUGGCGGACAGGGCUGUCUGAGAGAGAUAUCUGUCACCGCUCUACGUACCACAGUGACCAUCACCGACACAGGUGCAGUGACCCUGAAUGGCCAAAGGGAGGCGCUGCCAGUGGUGACGGGGGACUUGGUGGUGCGGAGGUCCUCAUCCUCCUUCCUGGUGGUCCAGACGUUCGGGGCACAGCUCCUGUGGCAUCUGGACGGGCCCCUGGCCCUCAUCACCUUGCAGCCUGGCUUUGCUCACAAGAUCCGAGGGUUGUGUGGUACAUUGACCUGGAAUCAGCACGAUGACUUCACCACUCCCGAGGGGGACGUAGAGAACACUGUCUCCUCCUUCGCUGCUAAGUUCACCACAGGGGACUGUCUUCCCCCCCAGGAUGCCCCGCUGGACCCCUGUGGCUCCUACGGCCAGAGGAGACAGUACGCAGAGAUUGUCUGCUCUGUCAUACACAGCUCUGUGUUCCAGGCCUGUCAUGACGUGGUGGAGAGGGAGCCCUACCUGCGUCUGUGUCUGACCGAGGUGUGUGGCUGUGGCCCCCAGAGGGCCUGCCAGUGUACCGUCCUCACCGCCUACGCCCACCACUGCGCCCAGGAGGGCGUGCCUGUCAGCUGGCGCAACCACACCUUCUGCCCGGUGCAGUGUUCAGGGGGACAGGUGUACCAGGAGUGUGGUUGGCCAUGCGGUGGUUCCUGUACUGACCUCCGGCAGGGCUGGAGCUGUGAGCAGAGCAACCGGAGCUGCGUGCCAGGCUGCCAGUGCCCUCCAGGCCUGGCACAGGAUGACAAGGGCCAGUGUGUGCCCGUCUCCAUGUGCCCAUGCAUGCGGGGAAACAAGCUGUACCAGCCUGGUAGUACCGUCCAUAACAACUGCAACACCUGUGUGUGUGAGCGUGGGGUAUGGAACUGCACAAAGGAGGUGUGUCCAGAGGUAGCCCAGUGUCCAGGCUCUUUGGUCUUCUCUCCACGCUCCUGUCUACUCACCUGCUCCAGUCUGGAUGCACCGGGACAGGCAUCCCCUGGACCCCCAACCUCCCCCUGCCAAGAGCCCCGGGCAGGCUGUGUCUGCCCCCAGGGGACCGUCCUGCUGGGCAGUCACUGUGUCCUCCCAGAGCAGUGUCCGUGUCACCAUAAUGGUCGACUGUACUACAACAAUGACACAAUCACCAAAGACUGCAACACGUGCAUAUGCAAGGAGCGCCGCUGGCACUGCGGCCAGUCCCUAUGUGCGGGGACCUGCGUGGCAACGGGUGACCCUCACUAUGUGACGUUCGACGGACGCUGCUUCUCCUUUCUGGGCGACUGUGAGUAUGUGCUGGCGCAGGAAGCGGGCGGUCUGUUCAGUGUGACGGCGGAGAACGUGCCCUGUGGCAGCACGGGGGUCACCUGCACCAAGUCAGUCAGCCUCAGUGUGGGCAACACCGCCAUCCACCUGCUAAGAGGUAAAGCCGUGACAGUGAAUAGCAUGCCUGUGACUCUACCCAAGUCGUAUUCUGGCAGUGGUCUGACUCUGGAGAGAGUGGGUCUGUUUGUUUCCCUCUCCUCCCGCCUGGGGGUCACUCUGCUCUGGGACGGAGGCAUGCGUGUAUACGUGCGUCUCGCUGCUCACCUGAGAGGGCGAGUGGGGGGUCUGUGUGGGAACUUUGACGGGGACACAGAGAAUGACUUCACCACGCGUCAGGGUAGUGUGGAGUCUACAGCCGAGCUGUUUGGCAACUCCUGGAAGGUCAGCCCCUCCUGCCCGGAUGUUCAAGACCAGGACCUUCGAGACCCAUGCACUAUCAACCCUCACAGGGUGACGUGGGGGAGGAAGAGGUGUGCUGUCAUCACCCAGGACCUGUUUUCUCUGUGCCACCCUGAGGUGCCCUACCAGCAGUACUAUGACUGGUGUGUCUUUGAUGCUUGUGGAUGUGACUCUGGGGGGGACUGUGAGUGUCUGUGUACAGCCAUCGCUGCCUAUGCUGAGGAGUGUAACCGGCGUGGUGUCUACAUCCCCUGGCGGUCCCAGGAACUCUGCCCCCUGCAGUGUGAGAAUGGUCUGGUUUAUGAGGCCUGUGGGCCGGCUUGUUCUCCCACCUGUCCCAGUGAAGCCCAGAGCCCUGACUCCCAGUGUGGAGCCUUCUCCUGUGUGGAGGGCUGCUUCUGCCCCGCGGGCACUCUCCGCCACAGUGAAGGCUGCGUGGCGCCCUCGCUCUGUCCGUGUGAGUGGGCAGCCUCUGUUUUCCCACCCGGGGCAAGCAUCACCCAGCACUGCCAGAACUGCUCAUGUACUGAGGGCUUAUGGCAAUGUGAGGGCUCCCCGUGCCCACCUCCCUCCUCCUGUCAGGAGUCAGAGUUCCUGUGCACGGGGGGACGCUGCGUCCCCUCCCUAUGGGUGUGUGACAACGAGGACGACUGCGGUGACGGCUCUGACGAGCUGUGCCCGUCCACCUAGUGCGGGGUGGUGUGUGGCCAGGGGGAGUUCCUGUGUUCAGGGGGCCUCUGUGUGCUCUACCUCCACCGCUGCGAUGGCCAUGAUGACUGUGGGGAUCUGAGUGAUGAGAGGGGGUGUGUGUGCGCCCCGGGAGAGUUCCAGUGCCCUGGGGACCAGUGUGUCCCCGCAGACAGGGUGUGUGACGGCCACAAAGACUGUCCCUCUGGCACCGAUGAAGCCGUCUGUUCAACCAAAGUGACCUGUGCCCCUGGUCAGUUCCUGUGUGCUGAUGGCACCUGUGUGACACCCACCAAGCUAUGUGACGGGGUGACAGACUGCCAGGGCGGAGAGGACGAGGACCAGAACAACUGUCAACCAGUCACCAUGGCCCCAGUUACCAUAGCAACACCCAUCAACCCGACUUCACCCACUUCUGCCUGCCAGGCUUAUGAGUUUGCCUGUGCCAAUGGGCAGUGUGUGCCCCGGGCGUGGCACUGUGACGGGGAGACGGACUGUUUGGACGGGAGUGACGAGCAGGGCUGUCCCCGGGCGUGUGGCCACGGCCAAGUGCCAUGUCGCAGUGGUGACCAGUGUGUGGACUACCAGCAGCUAUAUAAGACCAGCCCACCCCCUGCUCUCCCUGGCGAUAAGAACAACAGUCACAUCUGUCCUGAGUUCACCUGCCUGGACGGAUCGUGUGUCUCCUUCAAAGCAGUGUGUAAUGGCAUGGCAGACUGUGCUGACUCCCUGCUGGGGCCCUUAGGGGGGCCCUCUGAUGAGCAGGGCUGUAGAAGCUGGGCCCCUUGGGGCCCCUGGAGUCCCUGUAGCCUCUCCUGUGGGACAGGCUCCAUGAGUAGGCAGAGACUCUGCCCCCUGGGGGACGCCCUGGGUCAGUGCAGAGGGGACGACACCCAGAGACAGCAGUGUUUCAGCACGUCAUGUCCUGUGGAUGGGCACUGGUUGCCGUGGGUGACGUGGUCUAACUGCUCUAAGGAUUGUGGGGGUGUGGAGGUAAGGCAGAGGGGUUGCAUCCCACCCCAGAAUGGGGGCAGAGAUUGCACACAGCUCCCUGGAGAGUCUAACCUGGCCACAGAAAUCAAGCCUUGCCCUCAAGAUGGCUGUGCCAACAUCACAUGUCCUAGUGGCCUGGUGAGACUCAGCUGUGCCCCCUGCCCAGUGUCCUGUGCCCACAUCAGCAGUGGCUCUGUCUGUGACCCGACUGCACCAUGUUUCUCAGGUUGCUGGUGUCCAGAGGGUCGGGUGAUGAACCAUGCCCAGCAGUGUGUGUUGCCGGAGGAGUGUGUGUGUGAGGUGGCCGGGGUGCGGUACUGGCCUGGACAGCAUGUCAAGAAGGACUGUGAGAUCUGUACGUGUGAGAGAGGCAGACCUCAACACUGCCAGCCGAACCCAGAAUGUACAGUCCACUGUGGUUGGUCGACGUGGUCAGCUUGGGGGGAGUGUUUGGGACCGUGUGGGGUCCAGAGUGUCCAGUGGUCCUUCCGCAGUCCCAACAACCCCAGUAACCAUGGCAAUGGGAGAAAGUGCAGAGGAAUCUACAGGAAAGCUCGCCGCUGUCAGACAGAGCCUUGUGAGGAGUGUGAGUUCCAUGGCCAGUCCCAUGCAGUUGGGGACCGAUGGAAGGCGGGCCAGUGCCAGCUGUGCCACUGUCUGCCCAACCUCACAGUGCAGUGUGCCCCCUACUGCCAACAUGCUGCCACUGGCUGCCCCCAGGGUCAGAGUCUGAUUCCAGGGGAAGGUGACAAGUGUUGUUAUUGUGAAGGUGACAAUGGCACCAUUUCAGUGGCAACAACACCUGCUACUGUGUCAGUGAGUGUCCAACCCUCCACCCCAACAGAUGGCAGUAUACCCCUGGUCCCCACGUACCCCCUUCCACCUGGAGAGGAGUGCUGGUCACCCCUGGGGGUCCAAUCUCUCCCUGACUCCAGCUUCAGUGCCUCCUCACACCAGUGGGGUCACCCUCCACGGGCAGGGCGUCUGUACGCACGGGACCCCCAUAAGGACCUGCAGGGCUGGAGCCCUGACACAGAGCAGUACAGGAACCUUCCUACAGGGGCCCCCGAGGGCCACAGCGGAGCUGUGCAGGCCCCAUAUCUCCAGCUGGACCUGCUAAGACCCCACAACAUCACUGGUGUGCUGACUCAAGGGGGAGGUGUGUUUGACACCUACGUGUCCAGUUUCUACCUGCAGUUCAGUAACGAUGGCAGACAGUGGUACACCUACCAACAGCUGAUUGCUGAUGCCCGCCCCAGAGCCAAGGUGUUCUUGGGUAACCGUGACGACCGGAGUGUGUCCUACACCAGGCUGGACAGGAUGGUGUCGGCUCAGUUUGUGCGUGUGUUGCCUCACGACUUCCAGAACGGCAUCUACCUCCGCUUGGAACUCAUGGGCUGUGAAAAUGGUUCCCGCAAGCUAUCCACCCCCUCUCCUCUCUCUCCUCUCUCCCCGGUUACCCCGGCCCGGCCCUGCAGAGAUAGAGAGUUCCAGUGUGGUAACGGGCGCUGUGUCCCCACGGGGCCCAAGGGGGUUGUAUGUGAUGGGGUCAAUGACUGUGGGGACGGAUCUGACGAGCUGCGCUGUGGUACUCAGCCCUCCCCUACACCUACAAGCCCACGGGGCUGUCCCAGAGGUCAGUACUCCUGUCCGCCACCUGGGGGCUGUAUUGAUGCAGCCCUGCGCUGUGACGGAAUCCCCCACUGUCCCAAUGGAGAGGACGAGAUAGGAUGCUACCCUCACGAUAAAACCACCCAGGCAGAGAGGCCUAACAGUCCCACACCAGUUCCCCUAAGGACCCCUAGUAUGGCCGCUGUCACUCUGCAUAAGACUACCCCUACACCAACAGCAGGUGGCCCUGGGUAUAGAGGCAUCUGUUCCUCUGCACUGGGAUUGGAGGACGGGAAGAUUCGCUAUGGUCAGCUGACUUCGUCCACCCACCGCGAGAACAACCCUGCGGAUGCCGGGCGCCUCAACAUUGUGCCUAACGUUCUGAUCAUGGAGCCUGGAUGGAGCCCCCUGCCAGGCGACCUUCAGCCCUACCUCCAGGUGGACCUCCUAGAGCCUACCUGGGUGUCUGGCGUGGUGACCCAGGGCAGUGAGAGGAUGUGGGGCUACCUUUCCAAGUACCGUCUGGCCUUCGCCCUGGUCCAGAGCCACUUCACUGAUUACACCGAGACUGGAGAGAGGGGCAGUCCUGCCAAGGUGUUUGAGGUGCGGAUGGUGGGCAGGACCCCGGUGACGCGUUGGCUUGGGAGGCUGGUCCGAGCUCGCUACCUCCGCAUCCUCCCAGUAGAGUUCCGACACACCUUCUAUCUCCGUGCAGAGAUCCUAGGCUGCAAAGGGGGUAAGAGCACUGAUAUCCGUCGGCAGAAAAGUGGAACAAGUAUUUUGAGUGCUUUAAAACUUGUUCUCCCGUUUGUGCCUGAGUUGGUGACCCCUAGCAGCGCCACGACUCCCCGUGGUGUUGAUGUGGUGACAGUGAAGCGCUGCUACCUGGGCCAGUUUGCCUGCCACAGUGGGGAGUGUGUUCCUGUGUCUGUACUGUGUGACGGCCGACUGGACUGCGAAGACCACUCUGACGAGAUCAACUGUGGCACAGUGCCCACCAGGGGUCAACCCGGGGUACACACCAAGGAGCCCCAGGAUGGCCGCCCUGGAAUUGCCACCACGGGUACCCCGGGUCUCAGUCCUGACAGCUCUGGGGGAACAGGGAAACCAGGGGUUCAUGGAUUCACCACCCCCAGGCCAGGGCAGUGGACAUCCAGAUCCACAGGGCACCCAGGGGUUGGGCCCAGCACCCUCCACCCCGGAAUACCUGGACUGCAGUCUACAACAGCUCUCUGGGUUACCACGACCGCCCAUGACGGGGGCCUACCCAGAGUCCUGUGCGUGGAGGGCCAGUUCUCCUGCAGGCUGUUUGGCUGUGUGGAUGCCGCGGUGGUGUGUGAUGGUCACCAGGACUGUCUGGAUGGCUCUGACGAAGACCACUGUGGUACUACACCAAGGCCAACAGUAAUGACACGGCGCCCCCUAGUGCCCAGCCCAUGCUCCCCCAAGCAGUUCUCCUGUGGCAGCGGGGAGUGUGUGCACCUUGACAAGAGGUGUGACCUGCACAGGGACUGUGCUGAUAGAUCAGACGAGCGAGACUGUGUGAACUGUAUCAUGUCAGCGUGGACGGGCUGGAGCCAGUGCAGUGUGACAUGUGGCCUGGGUUCCCUGUUCCGCCAGAGGGAGGUGCUGAGAGAGGCGCUGGCCGGGGGAACGUGUGGGGGCGCCCAGUUUGACAGCCGAGCCUGCUUCCCUAAGGCGUGUCUCGUGGACGGUCAGUGGUCAGAGUGGACGGGCUGGUCCCCGUGUGACACCCAGUGCGGGGGAGGGCUGAGGGGGAGGAACCGGACCUGCUCCAACCCUCCCCCUAAGAACAGGGGGCGUGACUGUGAGGGGAUGAGACUGCAGACCCAGAGCUGUAACAGCCAGCCCUGCGGCCCCAACACAGACUCACAGACAGGCUGUACUAAAGGCAUGGUGGUGGUAAGAGAGGCUGACUGCCAGUCUGGUAGAGUGGAGCCAUGUCCCCCCACCUGUUCACACCUACACUACCCCAACUGCACCUCCCAGUGUGUCACAGGUUGUCGUUGUCCGGCUGGUUUGUUCCUACAGGAUGCGCGCUGUGUGAACGCCAGUCAGUGUGGGUGCCACUGGGAGGGACUGCCACUGCAGCCUGGACAAGAGGUCAGCAAGGACAACUGCAGCACAUGUGUGUGUGAAGAUGGACGUGUCUCCUGUGACAACUCCAGCUGUGUGGCCAGCUGUGAUUGGUCAGCCUGGUCCUCUUGGACAUCAUGUGACAGCUCCUGUGGGGUUGGAUUACAGCAGCGCUAUAGGUCCCCUGUGAGCCCAGCAGGAGUGACGAGAGUCGAGCCCUGUCCUGGGGACUCCUCAGAGGCUCGUCAGUGCUUCACCCCCUGUCCCCCUGGUAAGGAUGAGGCGGUGUGGGGGAAGUGGACGGCCUGGUCAGAGUGCAGCAAGACCUGUUUCCACCACGUGGACGAGGUGGGGCUGAGGAGGAGGUUCCGCACCUGUAACAUACCCACCAACACACACAGCUACACACACACCAACACACCCAGCUACACCCACACCAACACACACACCGACUGUGAGGGGGACCCAGAGGAUCAGGAGCCCUGUAACACUGUGCACUGCCCAGUGAAUGGCGGCUGGUCGGAGUGGUCCCCAUGGUCCCUGUGCUCGUCAGAGUGUGACUCGGGGGCUCAGACCAGAGAGCGCUUCUGCAGUUCUCCUCCUCCACAGCACGGGGGCAGCACCUGCCCAGGGCCUCACAUCCAGACCCGAGACUGCAACUCCCACCCCUGUUCAGGAGUGUGUCCAGAGGGCAUGGCCUACAUGAGCAAGGAGCAGUGUCAGGCUCACGGUGGUGCGUGCCCACGGGUGUGUAUGGACAUGACAACACAGGUGGAGUGUGCCACGGAGUGUUACGACGGAUGCUACUGUGCCCUGGGACUCUACCUACUCAACAGCACUUGUGUGCCCCUCACCCAGUGCCCAUGCUACCACCAUGGAGAGAUGUACCCAGGAGGAGCUAGUGUGAAACUGGACGACUGCAACAACUGCACCUGCCAUAAUGGAGAGAUGGUGUGUGGAACAGCGCCCUGCGCUGUGGAUUGUGGCUGGAGCAGCUGGACCCAGUGGAGCGCCUGCAGCAGGACGUGUGACGUGGGCGUGAGGAGGCGGUACCGCUCGGGGACCAAUCCACCGGCUGCGUUCGGGGGGCGUGUCUGCAGGGGCGACAGGGUGGGGAUGGACACCUGUAGUCUGGAGCCCUGUCAAGGUGUAAAGGAGCCAUGGAGUGUAUGGUCAGAGUGUUCGGUGACGUGUGGAGGGGGGUACAGGAACAGGACACGGGGACCCCAAAGAACCCAUGGUACUGCCCAGCAGUUCUCUGCCUGUAACCUGCAGCCCUGUGGUGAUGGGACGGGCUGUCCUGGGGGACAGGUGUGGACGGUGUGUGUGGAGGGGCCGGUCACCUGCUCUGACAUCAGUAUGGAUUAUGAGAAGAAUUGUACACCGGGCUGUCAGUGUCCACACGGCACUGUCCUGCAGGAUGGCAAGUGUGUGUGGGUGUCUCAGUGUCGCUGUGAUGUGGAUGGGGAGCAGUAUGAACCUGGUGAUGUCGUACCCAGGGACUGCAACAACUGCACAUGUGAUUCUGGGAGGCUGGUAAACUGCACUCAACUCAACUGUAAUGUGGACGGUCAGUGGUCUUCCUGGACCCCCUGGGGUCAGUGUUCAGUGAGGUGUGGACCAGGUCUCCAGUCCCGCUAUAGGUUCUGUUCUAGUCCCCGGCGGUCUGGGAGUGGUCUGCCCUGUAUCGGACCUGACCACCAAGACCAGCUGUGUAUGACUGCUCCCUGUGAUCGUAAUGGUGGCUGGGGGGAGUGGAGCAACUGGACAGACUGCACCAAGUCAUGUGGUGGGGGUGUUCAGAGCAGACGCCGGGAUUGUGAUAGCCCCAGUCCAGAGGGAGAGGGGGAUUACUGUGAGGGGCUUGGCACAGAAGUAAUCUCCUGCAACACUGACCACUGUCCAGUUGCGCCUUGCUCUCAAGUCCCUGGCACAGUGUUCAGUAGCUGUGGCCCCUCGUGUCCUCGCUCCUGUGAUGACCUGUCUCACUGUGACUGGCUCUGUGAGGCGGGGUGUUACUGCACGGAGGGCAAGGUGCUGUCUUCCGACGGGACGUCCUGUGUGGAGCGAGAGGAGUGCCCCUGUCUGGACCUCAACACUGGCUUGAGGUUGUACCCUGGAGAGAGCACCACUGCCCCCGACAGCUGCAACAACUGUACCUGCGAGGGAGGGAGGCUCAACUGUACCAGUGACCCCUGUCCAGUGUCAGGUGGGUGGUGUGAGUGGUCUGGCUGGAUCUCCUGCUCUAAGACGUGUGGGGCAGAGUGGGUGUCCAGAUAUCGCAGCUGUGGCUGUCCAGAGCCCAAGGCGGGAGGAGCCCCCUGCCAGGGGGAACAGGAAGUACACGGUGGGGUGGGGGCACAGAUCCAGAGACAACCCUGCCCUGUGGUCACCUUCUGCCCAGUCCAUGGUUCGUGGAGCCUGUGGUCGGGCUGGUCAGAGUGUGAUGGCUGUGAGGGGGUGUCUGUGAGGACCAGGGAGUGUAACAGUCCUCCUGCCAGGUUCGGGGGUCUGCCCUGCCACGGGGAGAGCCGUCAGAGCCGCGGCUGCCAAGACAACGUCACCAUCUGCUCAGAAUGUGGCGGCGUGCAGGUGGACUGGCCAUGUGGGAAGCCCUGUCCACGCUCCUGCUCUGAUCUCCAUGGCGACACAGAGUGUCUGGACACGGCGGAGUGCAGUAUGUCCUGUGGUUGCCCGGAUGAUCUUGUGCUACAGGACGGCCAGUGUGUGGAGAGGGAGGAAUGUCGCUGCAAAUACCACAACAGCACUACUGGUGGGCUAGACUCUAGUAACACCUCGUGGGCGUGGCCUGGUAGGUCAGAUUGGCAGUUCGCAAAUCCAGGAGAGACCAUCAUCGCUGACUGUAAAAACUGCACCUGUGAGGCGGGUGUUCUCCACUGCCAAUCAGUCCCUGGUUGCCAUGUCGAUGGCGGCUGGAGCCAAUGGGGAGGCUGGUCAGAGUGCUCGGCCCCCUGCGGGGGUGGAGUCAAGCUCCGCAUGCGUCAGUGUGAUAACCCCGCCCCUCAGAGCGGGGGGAGGGGCUGUGCAGGCAUGUCUGAACAGCAGAGAGAGUGCAACAACCACACCUGUACAGACUCUGGCCGCUGGCCGACCUGGUCCCCCUGGUCCUCCUGGUCUGUGUGCUCAGUGAGCUGUGGAGGAGGGGAACAGUCUCGUACCCGUCUCUGCAGCUUCCCGCCCUGCUCUGGCAUGAGGAGGCAGAGCAAGACGUGUAACACCCAGGUCUGUCUCGAGGUGGGUUGCCCUCCGGGUCGUCUGUACAGGGAGUGUGAGCGGGGCGAGGGAUGCCCCUUCAGUUGUGCCCAGGUCAGCGGGCGAGAGGGCUGCUACUCUGAGGGCUGCGAGGAGGGGUGCCACUGCCCCCUGCAGACCUUCCAGCACAACAGAGCCUGUGUACAGGAGUGCCCCUGCCUGGUGGACAAGGAGCUCCUGACCUCACUACAGAAUGUGUCUGUGACCCCAGUGUUGGCCCACCAUAAUCUAACCCAGGGGGAUGAGUUCCAGUCUGGGGAAACGUUCAUACAAGACUGCAGUGUCUGCGGGUGUCAACAUGGUUUGUGGAACUGUUCCUUGGAACCGUGUCCCGUAGACGGGGGUCUGUCCCCCUGGGGCCCUUGGAGCCCCUGCUCCCUGUCCUGUGGGGGCCUGGGCCUGAAAACCCGCAACCGAGCCUGCAGCCACCCGGCACCGGCAUACGGGGGCAGAGACUGCCUGGGGCCCCGGCAAGAGAGCACCUACUGCCAGGCUACGGACUGCCCAGUAAUCAUCGGCCCCACAGAAGAGCCCUCUCUACCAGAUGAGGAUGCAGGCUUCUCUCAGUGGUCGUCGUGGACCACCUGCUCUCGGUCGUGUAGCGAUUCCCUGACCCCGGCCCUCAAGUCCCGUCAGAGGCGGUGUGUCAGACCCCCCUGCUCAGGGGACACCCGUCAGGAGAAGGCCUGCAACCUGCCCCAGUGUCCUGACGGCGGUGGGGUGUGUGUAGGGGACGACUGCGCCCAGAGGAACUGCACGUGGAUGGAGUGGGGCGAGUGGGCGGCGUGCUCCCGCUCCUGCGGCGUGGGUCAGCAGCAGAGGUUACGCACCUUCCUGACCCCCGGGGUCAACGGUUCUUGGUGUGAUGACAUACUGGGGGGUAACCUGGAGAAUCGCUUCUGUAACAUAAAGGCCUGUCGAGUGGACGGAGGCUGGUCUCGCUGGAGCCCUUGGUCUCUCUGUGACAAGCGCUGUGGGGGCGGGCGCUCCAUCCGAACCCGCUCUUGCUUCAGCCCCCCGCCCAAAAAUGGCGGGCGCAAGUGUGAGGGAGAGAAGAACCAGGUGAAACCGUGCAACACCAAACCCUGUGAUGAGAAGGGUUGCCCAGCGGGUCAGGAGGUUGUGCCCUGUGCCAACGAGUGUCCUCAGCGCUGCUCAGACCUCCAGCAGGGCAUCCAGUGCCAGGGCAACACAGAGUGCCAGCCUGGGUGCCGCUGCCCAAAAGGUCAGCUGCAGCAGGACGGGGUGUGUGUGCAGGUAUGGCAGUGUGACUGUGUGGACUCUUUGGGUCAGAGCUGGGCUGCAGGCAGCUGGCACCAGGUGGACUGCAACAAUUGCAGCUGCGCAGAUGGACUGCUUUCCUGCACCAAUCAGAGCUGCCGAGUGGCCAGCUGCACAUGGAGCUCCUGGUCCAAUUGGGCGUCCUGCAGCACUUCCUGUGGGCGUGGCCAGAGAACCCGCUUCAGAUCGCUAAUACCAGAGCGUGAAGGAGCGGUUUGCCAGUUUGAGGAGGUGCAGCACAAGUCAUGUGACCCCGGGCCCUGCCCACCCCUCUGUGUCCAUGACAACCAGGAGCUGACCGUGGGAGACACGUGGUUGCAGGGAGAAUGUAAACAAUGCACAUGUACCCCAGAGGGAGACUAUUGCCAAGAUAUUGACUGUCGAGUGGAUGGUGGUUGGACGCCCUGGUCGGUGUGGUCGGACUGUCCGGUGACGUGUGGGCGGGGCACUCAAAUUCGGAGCCGGGCCUGUAUCAACCCUCCUCCCCGUAACAACGGGACAGACUGCAGCGGACCAGAGAGAGACGCCCAAGGCUGUCACACACCUCCCUGCCUCGAUGACCUUUGCCCUUGGUCACCAUGGUCCAGCUGCUCCCGCAGCUGCGGCGCGGGGGUGGUGUGGCGACGCAGGGUGUGUGUGUGUGAAGGGGAGGGGGAGGGCGCCUGCCCCUCAGAGGUAGAGGCGGAGAGGAACAGAGAGGAGACCCAGCUGUGCUAUAAGAGACCCUGUCCAGAAUGCCCCAUGUCAGAGUGGACCGAGUGGUCCGCCUGCCACUGUGUGUCCCAGAGGCAGCAGCGUCACCGCGCACCGCUCUCACCAGCCACCAAGGGACAGCACUGUUCCCGUCUGGACACCCAGAGCAGAACCUGCACACUAGACCACUGUCAUGACUCUUGUGAGAAACCGUUCCAGUACUCUGAGUGUGGCUCCCCCUGUGAGAAGCAGUGUGCACUGCAGGGGCAGAAGGCGCUGUGUGCGGGGAUACAGGAGUGUACCCCUGGCUGCUACUGCCCUCAGGGCUUGCUGCAGCAGAAUGGGACCUGUGUGCCCCCAGAGCAGUGUGGCUGUGUACACCUCCAACAUCAGGCCUCAGGGAGACCUGUCUCUGUGAUUGUGCCACAGGGGAACAUGGUCACUAUAGACUGCAGCACCUGCCUCUGUCAUAAUGGGACGUUGCAGUGUGACAUGCGAGAGUGUGAAGUCAUUCUCAGUGAGUGGUCAGAGUGGACCCCCUGCUCUCCGUGUGUGCCCGCCUCCUCCCUGCAGUCCUCCUCCUCUCCCCAGGGUGGCGCUGCAGCCCUGGUGUCUGUCCAGCGGCGCUACCGAGCUUGUCUGGACCUGGACUCAGGCCAGCCAGUCUCAGGGGAGGAAGAGGGGGCACAGUGUACCGGGGAGCUGGAGGAGGAGAGGCUCUGCCCAGACCCCAAUGCAUGCAGAGACCUGUGCCAGUGGAGUGUGUGGAGUGUGUGGAGUGUGUGUCAGGAGCCGUGCAGUGGUGGGGUCAGACAGCGCCACAGACAGCCCCAGGCCUCCCCUCCAGGACCCCAGUGUCAAAAACAGCAGACCCAGACCAAAAGCUGCAACACUGGCCUCUGUCCAGGCGAGCGCUGUGAGGACAGGGGGCGGGUCUACCAGGCGUCUUGUGCCAAUCAGUGUCCCCGGAGCUGCACUGACCUCUGGGAGCAUGUGCAGUGUCUGCAGGGAGUCUGUCACCCAGGGUGUCGGUGCGCAGAGGGCUGGCUGCUGCAGGACGGGGGCUGUGUUGAGGUGUCGGAGUGUCGCUGUGGGGUUCCCAUGGGCAACGGCACCCUGGAGAUCAGCCCUGCUGAGAACGUCAGACUGGACUGCAACACCUGUGUGUGUGAGAAUGGCACCCUGGUGUGCACCGACCUGCUGUGUCCCAUCUAUGGCCCCUGGGGACAGUGGAGCGCCUGCUCAGAGUCCUGUGGGACGGGACAGAGGAUGAGGAUACGUCCCUGCAAUGACACAGAAGGAGGGCCACCCUGUGCUGAGACGGUCCACACUGAAACAUGUGUGCUGCCCCCUUGUCCAGGUCACCAGGUGUUCAGCCAGUGUGCUGGCUCCUGCCCCUACAGCUGUGAGGACCUCUGGCCAGAGAACCAGUGUGUAUCUGGACCCUGCAUCCCUGGAUGCACCUGUCCCCCAGGCAUGGUGCUGUACAACGGAUCAUGUGUCCCUCAUGAUGCGUGUCCCUGUUCUCCGCACUCCCUCCCGGGGACCCUGAACAUGACCCUGGAUGACCCCGAAGGAGAGGUGGCCUCUGGGACGGUCUUACAACACCAGUGCAACACAUGUGUUUGUCAAGGAGGAGUAUUCAAUUGUACCGAGGACCCAUGCAAUGUGGACUGUGAGUGGGGUAGUUGGUCAGAGUGGAGUCAGUGCUCAGUGAGCUGUGGUUCUGGCCAGCGGAGCUCCAGACGGACCGUCUUCCAGCCUCAGCAAUACGAGGGGGCAGAGUGUGAGGGCCCGGCCCAGCGUACGGCACUGUGCAGGGCCCCUGAUUGUGCCUGUCCCGAUGGAGAGAGGUGGAGGAAGAGUGUAUCGGAGGCUCUGUCUGUGUGUGAGAGGAGCUGUGCAGAGAUCUACCUGACCUCGCCACUCAACUGCAGCGCCACCGAGGGGUGUGUGUGUAAGGAGGGGCUCUACCGAAACGCAGAUGGCCUGUGUGUGAUCCCCGCACUCUGCCAGUGUGAGGACCAGGGGAUGCUGAGAGAGGCUAGCUCUGAAUGGGAGGAGGGCUGCUUGGUGUGCCGCUGUGUGAACGGGCAGAAGCGGUGCCAAUCAGGAUGCCCACUGCUGCAGUGUGAAGAGGGGGAAGUGAAAGUGGAGGAACCAGGCAGCUGCUGCCCAGUUUGCAGGAAGGAGUUCCCUGGGGAGCCCGUGGCGGAGUGUCGCCGUUACACGGAGGUCAGGAACAUCACUAAGGGAGACUGUCGUCUUGACAACGUGGAAGUCAGCUACUGUAGAGGGCGCUGUUUGUCCAAAAUUGACGUCAUUUUGGAGGAGCCUUACCUCCAGUCGCUGUGUGACUGCUGCAGCUACCGGUUGGACCCUGAGAGCCCCGUGCGCUUCCUUAGCCUCCUGUGUGACAGUGGGGAGAGUGAGCCCGUCGUCCUGCCUGUCAUACACAGCUGCGAGUGCACCAGCUGCCAAGGGGGAGAUCUGUCCAGACGCUGAGUGUGUGUGUAUAGGCCUAGUGUGUGUGUAUGCAGAGGGUCAGACAGACAGACGGGUGGAUAGACCAGGUGUCCUGAUUUCCUGUGGUCCAUAGUCAUUAUAUGACUAGAUCAACUAUCAUAGAGUGCCUUCUGAAACUCUCAAAUCCUUUACACUGUAUCAACAAUCAUAGAGUGCCUUCUGAAACUCUCAGAUCCUUUACACUGUACAGUGUUUUGCUACUUUUCUAAUAAAUCACUAGUGGUUUUUAUGAAAACAUUUUCUGUUUCAAUGUAUUAUUCUGUAAAAUAUAUAUACAUAUUUAAAGAUUAUGUAGUAUUAUGUUUGCUGCUGAAUGUGACAUCUAUACCAGUAGAUUUGGUAAAUCUAUGCACAUAUCCUAUGCAUGUCUCUGUGAAAAGACUGGCGUGUAAAAUUUAAACAAGAGGUCUCAGAGAGAAAGAGAGCGAGAGAGAGAGAGCGUUUCACAACGGAAGGCAGGCUGGAAGAGCUCACUGGGGGACGCUUACAUGAGACUACCGCGUGACUGUGUCCUCUCUCCUCCUGACUAAAUAAGGGAGUUGGAACGAGAGGGAGGAAGCUCGCAGCCCCGCGGAGCGCUAUUGAUCCCCUCCACUUCACAUUACCGCCUUAAUAAUAAAAUACAUUAAAGUCUAUCA